AUGGUUAAAGCUUUAAUUGCAGUUACUUCAUAUCACGGUGAAUUUUACCCUAACGGUGGCAAGACCGGGUUAUUCGUUUGUGAAGCAAUUGAGCCAUUUUUAGAAUUCCGUAAAAAAGGAUAUGAAGUUGAUUUUGCCUCAGAAACUGGUACUUAUGGAUUAGAUGUUCAUUGUACUCAUCCAGACUAUUUGAAUGGUGAAGCCAAGGCUGCUUUUGAUGAUCCAAAAUCUGAAUACUCAGUUGCUAUUGCCAAUAUUAAGAAAGCAUCUGAUGUUAACGUUGAUGAUUAUGAUAUUGUUUUUGCUAGUGCUGGACAUGGUACUUGCUUCGAUUACCCUACAGCUGAUGGCUUGCAUGCAAUUGCUCUUUCUACUUAUAAGAGAGGUGGUGUUGUUGCUGCUGUUUGCCAUGGUCCUUUGUUCUUUGAUAACUUCAAUGAUCCAGCUACUGGUGAACCAAUAGUUAAAGGUAAGAAAAUUACUGGGUUUACUGAUGAAGGAGAAGAAUACUUGGGUGUAUUUAAUAUCAUGAAGGAAAAGAAUUUGGAAACUGUUAAUCAAAUGGCCCAAAAGUUGGGUGCAACUUAUGUUGCUCCAAAUGGUCCAUGGGAUGCCUUUGCAGUUGUUGAUGGUAAGAUUGUUACUGGUGUUAACCCACAAUCUGCUGUUGUUACUGCUGAAAAGACUAUUGAAACUUAUGAAGCUAAAUAG